GCCUAGACUUGUAGCAUGUGAACAGAAUACUUCAAUCAUCCCAGGACUGUUGUUAAAUGUGUCCUUAACGAACUAUAUAAAACCCCUGAAGACAAGCCUGCCUUUCUGUCACUACUACCUGCAUUUACAGCUACACCAGUCUGCAUCCAAUCUACUGUUGGCCUUAUCACGACCUAUAUAUCUUCACAUACAAAGAUCCUCUCUGCUUCUUCCACAAGGUUAUCAUUCUUAUAGCACCUGUCGAGUACCAAUCGAAAUGAAUCUACUGAGAGCUGUGAUCAACCUCCUCAUAGCAGGAAGCGUUGUGGUUGGCGGUCCAGCCGCCUAUGGCGUUUGCCAAGCUGGGUGCUCGUCAGUUGUUGUGUCUUGUUAUGCAGCAGCAGGCUUCGUGUUUGGAAUGGUGCCAGCAGUUGCAGCACCACCUGCGAUCGCCGGUUGCAACUCUGCGUAUGGUACCUGCCAGGCAGCUUGUGCUACAAUCUUGCUAGCACCUUUCCCAUAGGACUUAGGUCAGAGGAGCGUUGAAUCGAGAAGUCCGAGCUUCCGAUUUCCUGCCUCAAUCUUUCGAAUGCUAUGCUGCGAAUGGGAUCUCCAGGUUGUUAUCGCACUCGGGACAGCCGGGACACCUUGGAUAAAGAAUGAAAUAUUGGCGAGACGCAAGAAGACAAAGAAGACUGAGAGCAUCUCCUGUGUCGUUCCAUACCAAUGUAUAUUUUUCAAAUUGUGUUUUCCGCGAUGUAUCCCAGGUCGCCGUUAUUCAACAAUUCGUACCAUCUGAGUUGACGUCAACCCAUCUUCGCAAUUGGAAUGCAUAGUGUUGGAUAGAUGCAUGAUCUCUCACCCUUCGACCGACACGUAUCUCGUGACAAGGAAAGAG